UGACAUUUCUUUUUGAUCUCAUUCUCAUCGAAAUUGCUAAUAAAAUAUUUUGACAGAAUUGCGAGGUGGAACGUGUGAAACCCAAAAUAUUCUAUUAAAGAAUAAUUGCACUUCAUUUUCGCACAAAAAUCCGCAAACUCAUAAGCCCAGCAAUAUUUCGAUCGCUGAGUAGCUGCUGCCAUUACAGUUGACGUAUUUAUAUCCUACGUCACCACCGAUUGACCAGCACAUAGCUGUAAAAUGCCACGCGGAAAAUAUGUGAACCACAAGGGUAGGAGCCGUCACUUCACUUCGCCGGAAGAAUUGGCAAGUGCACGCGAUGAAUCCAGCGAGGAGGAUACUUCUUCAGAAGAAGAGGGCGGCAAUGAUGAAGCUGCAGGUACUAGCAAGGCAGCACGCGUCAAACCGAAGCCACGCGCAAAGAAGACCAGUGGGGGUGGUGGCAGUAGCGACGAAGACUCUGAUGAAGAGUCCUCGGAGGAAGACGAUCGCGAUGCACGUAAAGGUGUUGCUUCACUCAUUGAAAUCGAGAACCCGAAUCGUGCAACAAAGAAGGCUACACAAAAGUUGUCCAAUUUAAAGUUGGAGGGAGCAGCACCUUCCAAACCAGAACUCACAAGGCGUGAACGUGAACAAAUUGAAAAGCAAAAAGCGCGAGCGCGUUACGAAAAACUGCACGCUGAAGGCAAAACGACUGAAGCUAAAGCGGAUUUGGCACGAUUGGCGCUUAUACGUCAACAGCGUGCUGAUGCAGCAGCUAAGCGGGAAGCUGAAAAGAAGGCAGUGGAAGAGAAGAAGACGAGCGGCAAUAAGGCAUAGAACCGCGUUCGGCUGCCAGCCCAUUUACCUGGGAAAGCGGCAAUUCACUACGAGUUUUAACUUUCAUUAGUUUUUUAUGUUAUUUUUAACUUGAAUGCGAAUGCUAUGUAGAGAUGCUUUAUUUUGAACAGGGCAUACCGGAAAACGUUUUUAUAGCCGAAUAAACAUAACCAUCCACUUAUUACAGCA